AAAAUGGUGAAGAGGAACCACAGGAGCUGUUGGUGUUCGGAUAUAGCUGCAAAUUAUUUCGAGACGAUGACAAGGCGAAAAUGAUUGAUCAGGGGAAGCAUUUGAUACCAUGGAUGGGCGAUAACACAUUGAAGAUAGACAGGUGUUGGCCGUAUGAACGCGCAGUGUUGAAGCGCGAUAUGCGCUCUGCACGGGCGCAGAAUAAGGUGCUCUUGUGGCUUGGCGCUUAUGGCUGACCAUCUGUGCAGCAGCAAGGUGAGACACAGCGUAGAGAGACAAAUGGCAAGCUGACGGUUAUAGGUAUUUAUGACCGUUCAGCAUGGUAUGUAUUAGCGUCUUAGAUUCAGCUGUGCUGGCAACAAUGUACGAAUUACCAAAUGCAUUAUGCAACUUUGAUAAUUUCUCUAUGUUGCGAUAUACAUUCUACAGUUUAUGUAUAUACUCUGCAUACAAUUUGUGUAUAAAUAUUGAAUGUACAGCAUACAGUGUCGAAGAUGUAACUGGAAACAUAUAUUAAAUUAUAUAAAAUAUUUUGUUUUGCAUUUAUAUUAUAAAUAUUUCUUGAAAUUUAGGCAAGGUGGAUUGUGUACGCACAUGUCGAAGGCAUUGCAGCAUUUAUUCUCAAACUGUAUUCUUCAUCAUCCAAGCGAACAUUUUGUGAGAAUUUUUAAGUGAUCUUCUAUAAACUUGUAUCUUCAAUUUUUUCAACUUUUCUUUUUCUUUUUUUUCUUUUCUCUUUUUUCUUUUUUUUUUUUUUUUUUUCUUUUAUUUAAUUAAUUUGGUGCUGCUUAAUGUUCUAUGGUUUUUUUUUCUUUCUUUUCUUUUUUUUUUUAUUUUUUUUAUUUUUUUUAUUUUUUUUUUUUGUUACAAUUCAACAAUCGAUACUCAAACUACUCUUGCUUUUUAUCUGAAUAAUGCAAUAUGUAUGCUCAUUGCAAUUAGAUCAUUUUAUUUUCCAUAUCGCUACUUAUAUCUAGGAAUAUUACAACUAAUUUCAUUGUGAAAUGACACAGCUUUUGUUAAAUAUUAAACUGGACAUACUAUUAUGGACCAUAUAAUAAUUAUUCAUGUAAUUUGACUAAACGUAAUGCAAUAUAUAUAUAUAUAUAUAUACUUAUAUAUAUAAUAUUUGAUUAGAUGAAAAGGACAAAAUGUUUGACAUAAUUCAAUAUAUGGUUCUAUGUUUUAUACAUCUAAGUAGUAUAAAAUAUAAUGAGGAAAAAGAAAUAAUCUAUGAAUGUCAUAAAAUUAUUUAUAAUUAAUAUGUAAGCAUUUAUGAAAUUAUCAUAAAUGUUAAUAUCUUGUAAGAGACAAAGCAGCAAAUUGCAUCUUCAGAAACAAACAGUAUAAUAAUAUUAAUGCGUAGUAAAUUUAUUUUACAAAAUACAUUGUAUAUAGUGUAUUUAAUUUGAAAGUUAUGCAAAGGAAUAAAUUACACAUAAAGACAUGUCAUUCAACUUUGUAUGACUAUAUUUUAUUUCAGAGGAAACUCUUUGUGGUGGGAUUCUCUUCAUAAAUUAUUUUUCAGAUGCGGGAUUAAUAGAAUUUACGUAAAAGAAAAAAAAUAAACUAUACAAAAAAAAAAAAAAAACAACAACAACAAAACAAACAAAAAAAAAUAUCAUUUUCCUUCUCUAAUUUGUACAUUGUAUGUGUAUAGAUACGAUGGACGUGGAGCACUGGGGGAUUUAAGGAUUCAUGAGCCACCAGCAGGUGGUUUUGAUCAACGGAUAAUACUCACAGAGGAUGAACUUAAAGUUGAACAGCUCUGUGACGAAGAAAGAUACCGAUCCUUGUAUAAUAAUGAUGCCGAAGAUUCUAUGUAUCAUGAAGAAGAGAUGAAAAGAUUGCAUCAAGCAUUGGACUCAGAAAAUUCUUAUACUCAAGUAGCAUAUAAUUAUAACGAAGAUGAAAACAAUUCGAAGUUAGCGUGCGAAGACUCACAGAGUCCAAAACAAUCAGAAGGAUCGCAAGAAGAGGAUCAAGCUUUUGUACCGCCACCAGAUCUUGAAAUACCAGAAGGCAUGACAGUGCCUGAAACGCAGAAGUUAAAUGCAAUUAUCACAAAAACAGCAUUAUUUAUUAGUCGUCAAGGGGGCCAAAUGGAGAUUCUUCUAAAGGCGAAACAAGCAAACAAUCCACAAUUUUCGUUCUUAUCGAUAGAUGAACCGCUACAUCCGUAUUACAAGUUUGUGCUGGAAGCUAUCAAGACUGGAAAAUAUAAUCCUGAAAAACAACCUGAAAAAGAAGAAUCUGAACCUGAGGAAGAAUCAGAUGAAGAUGAUCAACCAUACCUUCACCCAAGCCUAGCGCCAUCAUUUGCCAAAGUAGAAGCGGCUCCUAGCAUACCAAGCAUACAGUAUAAGCCCUCUGCGGACUGUGCUUAUUCAAUGCUUGUAAACAAAAUCACAGGAAAGCCACCGCCACCUAAAAUACCACAGUUAUUAGAUGUUGGUGUUCAACAAAUGCCGACUUCUGGAUAUUAUCAGCCCAUUGUGCCGCAGAGUUAUACUCCGUAUACUGCAACGCCUUUACAAUAUUCGCAUGGUCCAGUUAUAUACGGUCCAAAUGGUCAAAUUCAAUCUCCACCACAGUUACCAGUACCAGCCGUACCAGUUGUUUCCACUGAAGAAUCUACAACGCCAAUACCUCAAGCAAAAGAAACACCUUCUUUAGUACCUUACGGACCAACACCACCAAAAACAUUGAGCAGACCAUCAUUCAUCGUACCACCGGCAGAUGUUCAAAUAAUUAUCGACAAAAUGGCGAGUUAUGUAGCCAAAAAUGGCCGAGACUUUGAAGCUAUAGUAAAAAAUAAAGGUGAUCCAAGAUUUAAUUUUCUCGAAUUGUCGCAUCAGUAUCAUGGUUAUUAUGCUCACAAAUUGACCAUGUACGAAGGGGCAAUAAAUCCUAAGGUAUUGACAGAAGAAGAAUUAUUACAGAAGCAAGAACCGCAAGAGGAGAAGCAAAAGAAAUUGGAGGAAUUACAGAAGAAACAGCAAAGAAUGGAGGAAGUACAAAAGCGUGUGAAAAUGAUACAGGCUAAGAAGAAGAGCGAUACAAAGACGAAACAAAGUACGGGUAGUAAACAGAUAACGACAGUAUCGUUUUCAAUAAAGAAACCAAAGGAAGGUGAAAAUGUGAUUAUUGAAAAGAGAAACGCCUUGCCAUUGGAAGAAAGUGAUGACGAAAUUGAACUUGAAAAGAAGGAAACUAAUUCUAAACCUAAUUCACCGCAAAAUUUUAACGAACAAACUAAUGCAAUAAUAAUGAAUACCGAUAAAGAAACGCCAAAGGUAAUAGAAAUAAAGAAAUCUAAAAGCGAAGAAAAGGAAUUGGUCGAUCUUACCGAUGACAUACUCGAAGAUUGUCAAUUAGAGAUAAGGCACAAGCAACAAGUAGAAGAUAGAAUAAAGGACAAAUUGGUUGCCGCGGCUCGUGACAAAUUGGCUGCCACGUCGAGGGAAAAACAAUUGCAAUUGGAACGGAAGAAAAAGGCGGCCAUGUUUUUAAGUCAAAUUCAAACUUCAACUAGUUCCAAAAUUCCUACCUCGACGACACCCAAUAUAAGAAAGGAUGAUUCCGACGAGGUUUAUUCCGUUCCAUCGCCUUCAUUGGAGGAUGAAAAAUCGGAAGACGUAAAAAUUUGUGGUAAUUCAUUGAUGGAUCGAUUGAAGAGCGCGGAUUUAAGUGGGAAAAGAUCACGUCAACGAUCUAGAAGUCGUAGUGGAAGUCGUAGCCGUAUUGAGAGACAUAAAGUUCACAAAAAGCACAAGAAAAAGAAAAGUUCUCACAGAAGCAGUUACGACAGUCCAAGUAGCUCUCGUAACCACAGAUCUAAGAAAAGCAAAAAAUCAUCCUCGAGACAUAGAUCUCGAUCACGAACUCCUCCGUCGCACAGACAUCAACAAAAUGUACGAAGAAAAGGAAGCAAUUCGAGUUACUCCGAUUCGAGCUCGUCUUGAGAUACUUAAGAAGCGUAAAUUUUCUUUUUCUUUUUCUCUUUUUUUUUCUUUUUUCCAAACGCGUUUUCUCUCUCCCUUUUUUGCCCUCCCUCCUUUUUUUCCUUUUUUUUUUUUUUUUUUUUUUUUUUAAGAGAUAAGGUUUAAGAAUAUAUAAUCGUGUAAAAAGUUUCUUUGUAAAUAUAUGUAUAUGAUUACAUAUUUGGAUGACAUCACGGCGAUAAAUGACGUUUCAUACUGUUUUUUGUCAAACGAAACAUACAAAAAGAAAUACAAUUUACUUAGUCCAA